AUGACACCGGCACACCUGCAGCGGCACCUAAGCACGAGGCACCAGUCAUCAGUGGGCAAGACUGCUGACUUCUUCAAACGAAAAUUGUCAGAGUUCAGGGGAGCGCAAAAUCAUAUGCGUGCCGCAAGUCAGACUUCAGCAACUUCCCUUCAAGCAUCUUACCAGGUAGCUUUGCUAAUCGCUAAAGCUAAAAAGCCGUAUACAAUAGCAGAGGAGCUAAUUGCACCAGCAGCAGCUACCCUAGCUGAAACUAUGGUGGAUAAAAAAGCAGCAGAUGCAAUCCGGUCAGUACCGCUGUCUAACGACACAAUAUGCCGCAGAGGGGAUGAGAUGGCUGGUGACAUUGUUCAGCAGGUGACCGAUAAACUGAAAAGAGCGGGCUCUUUUUCAGUACAGCUAGACGAGUCUACUGAUGUGAAUGGAGAAGCCCAGUUGGUCAUGUUUGCUCGUUUCAAAGAUGACAUAGUCAACGAUAUAGUUGAACACAUCGUCUUCUGCAAGCCACUACCUGAAAAAACUACGGGUGAGGACAUUUUUAAUUUGAUUGACUGUUUUUUCACGGAGCACGCGUUGGACUGGAAGCGCUGCUCGCAUGUAUGCACAGACGGGGCAGCGUCUAUGACAGGUCGGCACCGCGGAGUUGUCUCUCGCAUCAGGCAGGUAAACCCCAACAUCCAAAGCAUGCACUGCAUAAUUCACAGAGAAGCGUUGGCUUCAAAACGCAUGAGCCCAGAACUGGACAGUGUUUUGACUGACGCUGUGAAAGUGAUUAACUUCAUUAAAUCACGACCUCUCAACGCAAGACUGUUCCACAAGCUGUGCGACGAAACAGGCGGUGACCAUCAUCAGCUGCUGCUACAUACAGACGUGCGUUGGCUAUCAAGGGGGAAAACACUACAGAGACUAUGGGAACUGAGAGAGCAGGUGUGCGAUUUCCUCUCCGAGCAUGGACAUCCUCUGGCUGCUAAACUUGAAGACCAGACCUGGUUGGCUCACCUGGCUUACCUUGCUGAUGUUUUUGGCCGUCUGAAUGAGUUGAACACGCGCUUUCAAGGUGAUGAUAAAACUGUUCUUCAGAUGUUUGAUAAAGUUUCAGCAUUCAUGAGGAAAACUGACCUCUGGUUGAGACGGUGUGAAAAGGGGGAUGUCAGUAAUUUCCCUCAGCUUAACUCUUGGAUAGCUGACAUGAAGCAGAACAUUUUGAAAACUGUAAAAAUGCACCUGGCCAAACUGUCAGCUGAGUUUCAACCCUACUUCCCAGACAUUGAGGACAUGUGUACUAGACAUGACUGGAUACGCAGGCCAUUCAUGCCCAGCAGCAUGGAUACAGCACCAGAGCAACUCCAUGAGAGCCUCAUUGACCUGUCUUCAGACAGUGGCUUCAGACUGAAGUUUUCAGAGACAUCACUAACACAGUUUUGGUGCUGUGUGGAGAAGGAGUACCCAGAGCUUGCAAAAGAGGCUCUCUACCAGUUGGAGACAUUCGGGUCUACAUACUUGUGUGAGGUCACUUUCUCAGCUCUGACACACAUAAAGACCAAACAGAGAAACAGACUUCAACAAGAGAGAGGUAUCAUUACAGCUGUUGCCACUCUUCAACCCAGGUUACAGAAACUCAUGAGCGGCAGACAAGUACAAGUGUCUCACUAA